AUGGAACGUAAACACAAACAUGGCGAAAAUAUUCGUUCUUGUCAUUUUCUCUUGUGAUGCUAUGCUUGCUCGUUUUGUAAAAACUUGUAAUUUGUGGCUUUAAAAUGGCUGACACCGGUCUACGUAUGAAUUUCGCUGCUUUAAAGAGGGCAGAUCCAUACGCCAGAGAAAUAAUUGACAGUGCUACCCACGUCGCACUUUAUACAUUUGAGGAAAACGAAUGGGAAAAAACGAAUAUUGAGGGUGCUUUGUUUGUGUAUAGUAGAAAUGGAGAACCUUACCACAGUUUAGUGAUUAUGAACAGAUUGAGUACGAAUAAUCUUAUUGAACCUGUGUCGAAAGGAAUAGAAUUGCAGUUGAAAGAACCAUUCCUUUUGUAUAGGAACGCCAAGUGUCAUAUCUACGGCAUAUGGUUUUAUGAUAAAAAAGAGUGCGUACGAGUCGCGACGAAAUUAAAUUCACUUGUUAAAGAAUCAAUUAAGCAGGCGCCCGCUGAUAUGGCUCAGAAUCCCGUAUACAGUGCUUCUACGCAGCAAAACCCGCCCGUUGAUAUUUUUAGCAUGCUAAGUAAGGCCCAAGACGAUUUCAAUUCGAACCAGGGCCUCGUGGCUAACAAAUGUGAAGUUACACCGUCGCGGGCUCCUGAUAUGACUUCGCAAAGCGUGAUGGAUUUCUUUGCUAAGGCCGGGAGCGGCGCAGCAGCCCAAAUGCCGGCAGUGUCGUCCCUACCAUCACCCGGAAUCUUUGGGCCACGGCAGACCGACGUUCGGGAAGGCCCACUAAUUCUCCAGAGGCUCAUGAGUAACCCGGCACACUCUGUGGAACAUAUAGAGAAACAACAACGAUCUGUAACACCCCAGGAAGCUCACACAGCUAAUGGAAAUUUAGAAUCAACCUUGCGACAAAAUAGUGGUUUCCAAUUGAAAUCUACCCCCAUUGAAAAGCAAAACCAUCAACGACCAACAUCAAUGAAGAAAGGACAAGUGUUUGAUUCUGUUGAAGCAAAUGGGCCUAACCCAUUGGAAAUUGAUCUAAAUCUGAUGCAUAUUUCAUCACCGAAGCCAACAUCACCUCUGGCUACAUAUUUGAACCAGUCUCAGGAUGUCAGCCACUCAGUGAGUUCUUUUAAUGGCAGCAAGUUGGAUGAUGUUGGAAUUUAUCCAUUGGUGAACACUCUCGGAACUCAACAGAAGCCCGCUCUGAUGCCGCCAACCAUGUUUACUGCUAGUACUGGAACUGACAUGCAACCUUCUCCAGAACCGCUGACGAGGAACCAGCUGCUGCAAGCGUUCAAUUACUUGUUAAAACAUGAUGCCGACUUUGUAAACAAACUGCAUGAGGCUUAUGUUAAAUCCUUUUCAGAUAAGGCAUAUUCAGUAUCAUAAAAUUGAUUAUUCGGACAAGCGACUGAUGUUGCCAGUCGCUAUCAAUGUACAGUUAUAUUGAAGUAUAAAUCCACUAAAAUGUUGUGUAGACCCUCUAGUUUUGUAGUAACUCAUUAUUUGGACAGAGUAUUUUUAAAUAAGUUUUAAACCUUGACUAUGUCAUAAUACAUUUGCUAUGAGUCGUUGGUCAGAUAUAGAUUCUGUGGUUAGUUAUCCGACUGGCAAAAAAUGACUUCAGCCUGUUUACGGAAUGAAUUUUAGUGUUGUCUAUGGUUGGACUUAUUGCAAUGUUCCUUGAGCAGCUGUUUGUGAUAUUUGUAUUGGCUACAGCUUGGGGUGUGCUAAACUAUACUUCUAUACAAACAUUACGUUCUUCAUCCAUUUAGUUUAGUUUACUACAUAGUUCAUUGCAAUAUAAUUUAUUGUAAAAAAAAAAAUUAAAGGACAAUAUUUUUUUUUUUAGAGAUAUAUUAUCUCCAAGAGAUAUACUUCUAAUGCUUUAUAAACUGAUGCUGUUGCAAUGAACUUUUGAAAAUAAGGACAUAAUGAUGAGAGUAGACUUUGUUAAUGUUAUAAGGACUGCAAAAAUUUGCUAUUUCUUUACAUGAAUUGUAAUUUCUUAUCCAUACAUUAUCCCUAAGUAGUUUACGCACCAUUUUUUUAGUUAUUUAUAUAUGAUAAUUAUUUUUUUAAAUUCAUAAAAUUUGGCAGUCACUUUUUGGAAGAUUGAUUUCUCGUGUUAUCUAAUAUGUAAAUUUUAGUCUAUUUGAAUUCGAUUUAUGGAUUAUGAAAGGCUUUAAUAUUCAUUAGGUAGAAGAGAAAUCGAAUUUAUUAUUUAAAAUUACUUUCCUCUAAAAUUUAAUUCUUACUUUAGGGAGAAACAUUUUCUAAGUUUUAUUUCUCCUAAGAAUAAAUUUUAUAUGUGUACAUAUUUUCAUGUUCUUUCUUGGAGAAAGUGUGUGAAAAUAUAAUUUAUUGGGAUUACAAUAUCUUAUCCCUUUUAUAUAGGUUUCAUUUUUACGUUUUGAAAUGACUCUUAUAUUAAAAAUAAAAUACUUUUUUAAGGCCAUGUCAUCAGGCUAUUAAAUAGUUAAAACCGAAAUAAACGAUUUUAACAAAAAAAAAAAAUAGUGAGUUUAGUGGAGAUAAAUGGGAGCAACUGUGAUUUAGUUUUGGCCUACAAUCCUCCAUAAAUUUUAGAAAAAAUUGGUAUUUUGUUUGUUGUCUGCUCCCUUGAAUAGUGAUUCGAUUAAAAUACAUUGUUUUUUGGUGAUUAACAUUUUGGAAAACUUUCAAUAAAAAUCAACAUAAAAAUAGUCUCAAAUUAAAGGGUUCAUGAAGUAUUUUACAUUUUUUUUUUAUACCCCUAUACUAUACAACGCGCAUCGCUGCGUAAGCGCACAGAUACGCGUUGUGCUUCAUACGCGUUUACGGUAUCAAUAAGUUAGUUUUUUGUUAUAAAUCUUUCUAUAUCAUUUUAAUAUACUAGGAAAAAAAAUUCGUGGCUAUUAUUAUUAUUUAUAGAAUAACUAACUUAAAUUGAUUUUCAAUAAAAUUCAUUUGUUUAGAUGUCACAAGAGUCCUAACAUCUAAAAACGUAGGAUAAAUAUUUCGUAUUUGUAUGGAUUUGUGUAUGGCUGCGUAGCGCAACGGCCUACGUCAUGAAUCUUCAGUGUGCCUGAGUUUACAUAAAUAAAAUUAAAAAAUAAAAAGUCCAUCAUAUUAAACAGCAUUUAUUAGUACACAAAAUCUUGCAACUGAGUAAGUAUACUUUGUACAUGAUAUAGUUACGUAAUCCUAUUGUCAUUAAACCUGUUUCACAGCUUGUGUGACUUAAAAAGGUCCAUCCAUUCCAUACAUAGAAUGACAAAACUGAACUCAAUUUUAAAGCUUAUUUCCAUAGAAAUGAGGACACAAAUUGAAAUUCAUCGAAAUUCUGGUGCAUGGUUAUGUCAACAAAUAUUGGAUGCACCCGUGGUGAUUUGCCGAUUUUUAAAUAACAUAUAAACAUUAAUUUGGAGUUCUUUGAACAUUUAUGUCUAAACAAUAAACUUAAGGGAACAUUCACUAAAAUCGUUCGUAAAACUAACGAAUUUGCCAAAGAUGUUCAAUUUUUACUACAUUACUAAAAAAGUUAUUCCAAUUAUUUUGAAGUCAUAUUAUCAAACGUCUAGUUAUAUAAUAUUGUAAAUUUGAUAGAUUUCUGAUCAUCUAUAGUAACUAUUGCAAAUGUGAAAGCGUUUAUCCUUCUUUCACGUCAAAAUGGAACAUCUGAUCGAGGUGAAUAUUUGGUGUGGAGAUAUAAUCUUUUUGCCGCCACCGAAGUCACGGGUAACAUCUAGUAAGUAAACAUAGUAUAAAUCGAGCUAAUUUGGCAAUCGAAAUUUAUAUUUUAAAACCUAUGAAAUUACAGCACAGCUUUGUGCGAUAAACAGUUACGCGAGCGUAAUUCGUAGAUUAAUAACUAAGAGAUCAUUGCUUCACAUUUCAAAAAAUGGGCAAACCACUCUGACAGAACUUGUAUUUAUAAUAUUUACACAAAAAGAUUGAUCACUGGAAGGUAGAAAGUUUUUUUUACAUAUCUAAUUAUAGUGAUCCACUUAAACUAUAUGCAAUGAGCUAACGCAAAUCGUCGUUAGGGGGCGCUGGUUUUCAGACAUAUUAGUUUUCAAAGAUUUGAUGUUUGUGCCGUGGGCAUGUUCUCAAAAUUAUCGAGAAUUUUCUUCAGACCGUUUCCGGGUUUCUAAUGAGAAUUUCUCUUGGAAAUCUGUUCUCAAGAAAUUCCCGAGAACAGAGAAUUUAUCAGCGGCACACAACACAAAGGUAAAAGUGAAAUUACUCGCGGUAAAAAAAAAAGAAAAAAAAAUAUAUGUAUUCAGCCUGCAGCACUUUUUUAAUUCACAUGUUGGAUGUACAAAAAUCUUCUCUUUUAAAUACCCUACUUACAUGAAAUAUUGCGUGAAACAUUAUUGUUUUCCAUUAUUAGGAUAGCUUCCCACCAAAAGUAAACAAAUGACGCCUAGAGUCCGCACUAGGAAAGAAUUCCUCGGAAGCGCAACAGUCGCUGACAACAGCAACGUGGCCGAUCUGUUGUUGAUUUCACAUAUUGUCGCGUACUUUUGUGGCGCGGCCUUUACGAGCAAGGAGAUACAUAUUAGGUCACAUUGGAACUGAGUGAAGAAGCUUCCUCAUGUGGAUUUAGACGAAAAUAAAAUUCAUCUGUGGAAAGUUAUACGUUAAAACAGUUUUUUUUUUUCAAAGAUCAUUAUUUGAUAAUCAAUAAAUAAUCGCUGGUUAUAAUUUUAUUGCUGAACUUUUGUACUUAGGCCUUUACAUUAAAAAAAAAAGGUAAUUCCCCUUUUGAACUCGUCAUUUGAAAUAUAUGCAAAAAAUAUCACUGCUAUAUUGAAAUUGUGAAAAUACAUAAUCUAGUAAAAGUACAUAUGCUUAACGAUAAUUUCAACAAGGCUUUAUAGAAAAGAGAAAAUAAAUUCUAAUUUACACUGGUCAUUAUUAUAGAGAGUCCCUGUUUGUGUU